GCAAUUCUUGGUUCUUCAGCUACAAAAAUAAUCAGGAACCAUUUCUCACGAGUCAAUAAACUUUGGAAGAAUAAAUGAUUGUCAGGUACAUGUUGCGCAUAAACCAGAAUCCCAUGCGUCAUUUAUCGACUCGGAAAAUGAAGCUGCUGAACCUCUCUCUACUUAUUCACUUGUGUUCACUGCUGCUCGUCUCAACUCAGCCCACCAAUCAGCCUCCAUUCUCCUGCGACUCAACUGACCCACUAACCAAAUCCUACAAAUUUUGCAAAACUACACUCCCCAUCAACCGAAGAGUUGAAGACCUCGUCUCCAGGCUGACGUUAGAUGAGAAAAUAUCUCAACUCGUUAACACAGCUGCCGCCAUUCCACGACUCGGUAUCCCUGGCUAUGAGUGGUGGUCUGAAGCCUUGCAUGGGGUGGCCUUCGUGGCCAACAUAAGCCAAGGUAUCCGCUUCAAUGGGACAAUUCGAUCUGCCACCAGUUUCCCUCAAGUCAUCCUCACUGCUGCUUCAUUUGAUCCCUAUCUAUGGUACCGCAUUGGCCAGGCAAUUGGAAUAGAAGCUAGAGGAGUGUAUAACGCUGGACAAGCAAGAGGCAUGACCUUUUGGACACCAAAUAUUAAUAUAUUCAGGGACCCAAGGUGGGGAAGAGGCCAAGAAACACCUGGCGAGGAUCCAUUGGUUACAGGGAAGUACGCAGUCUCAUUUGUGAGAGGAAUACAAGGGGACUCUUUCGAAGGCGGUAAGCUUGGUGAGAGUCUCCAAGUUUCAGCUUGUUGUAAGCAUUUCACAGCUUAUGAUUUGGAUAACUGGAAAGGAAUUAACCGGUUCGUCUUUGAUGCAAAUGUCACGCUACAGGAUUUAGCAGAUACAUAUCAGCCUCCUUUCCAGAGUUGCAUAGAGAAAGGGAAAGCCAGUGGGGUAAUGUGUGCUUACAAUCGUAUUAAUGGAGUUCCAAACUGUGCAGAUUACAAUCUCUUGUCAAAAACAGCCCGAGGACAGUGGGGUUUCAAUGGGUACAUCACCUCAGACUGUGAUGCUGUCUCAAUCAUAUAUGAUGAACAAGGAUAUGUUAAAGAACCAGAGGACGCUGUUGCCGAUGUUCUUACAGCCGGAAUGGACUUGGACUGUGGUGAAUAUUUGAAGAACUACACCGGAUCAGCUAUCGAAAAGAAAAAAGUAGCUGUGUCUGAUAUAGAUAGAGCACUCCACAACCUUUUCUCAAUCAGGAUGAGGUUGGGACUUUUCAAUGGCAACCCGGCUAAACAGCCUUUUGGAAACAUCGGUUCUGACCAGGUCUGCUCCCAAGAACACCUGAACCUUGCUCUCGAGGCUGCUCGCAAUGGCAUUGUCCUUCUGAAAAACGAUAACAGCCUCCUUCCACUUGCAAAAACUGAAAUUACUUCCCUUGCUGUGAUAGGUCCUAAUGCCAAUUCUAGCGAAACACUUGUUGGAAAUUAUGCAGGUCCUCCUUGUAAUCCUGUUACACCAUUGCAAGGAUUGCAAAGCUAUGUCAAGAACAUCAACUACCAUCCAGGUUGUAGUACGGUUAACUGUUCGUCUGAUUUGGCUGAUGAAGCAAUGAAGAUAGUUAAAGGGACAGACCAGGUGGUGUUAGUAAUGGGAUUGGAUCAAACUCAGGAGAGGGAAGCUCAUGAUCGUGUCGACUUGGUUCUUCCUGGACAUCAACAGAAACUCGUUACCCGCAUCGCAAGCGCUGCAAAUAAGCCUGUCAUUCUUGUGCUUCUUUGUGGAGGUCCAGUAGACAUAACAUUUGCCAAGAAUGAUCAGAACAUUGGAAGCAUUAUAUGGGCUGGCUAUCCCGGUGAAGCUGGAGGACGUGCAUUAGCCGAAAUUAUAUUUGGUGAUCAUAAUCCAGGAGGGAGAUUACCAAUUACAUGGUAUCCACAAAAUUUGACUAAAAUACCGAUGACAGACAUGAGAAUGCGGCCUGAACCAUCUUCAGGUUAUCCUGGACGUACUUACAGAUUCUACCAAGGGCUGAAGGUAUUCGAAUUCGGCUACGGUCUCAGCUACACCAAUUAUUCCUAUGAAUUUCUCCCUCUUACAAAAGAUAAGGUCUACUUAAACAAUCAAUCAAGUGAUAAAAUAGCUCUGGGAUACAAGUCGGUUUCAGAGAUGGGAACUGAACUUUGUGAAAAGAGCAAGCUCCCAGUCACAGUAAGGGUUCAAAACAACGGUGAGAUGGAUGGUAAGCAUGCAGUGCUGCUCUUUGUGAGGCAAGCAAAGACUGGUAAUGAAAGGCCAAUAAAACAAUUGGUGGGAUUCAACAAUGUUGAUCUAAAGGCAGGGGAAAAAGCUGAAAUCAAAUUGGAGUUGAGCCCUUGUGAGCAUCUUAGCAGUGCGGAGGGAGAUGGUCAAAUGGUGGUAGAUGAAGGAUCUUAUUUCUUGAGCAUUGGAGACAAAGAAUCAGAGAUUACAGUGGUUUUCUCGGAAGACACUAGCGAUGCUGCCACAUCAAAGCUCAUGAUCCUUCCAAGAAUCCUGAUAUUCUUUUACAUCUAUUCAUUCAUUCAUUCAUUCAUUCCUAUGCAUAUUGUUCUGAAAUGAAUUAAUGGACGGACCCUCUCAACUUUUUACAUGUAAAAUUCUACUGAUUGCUCA